AUGGGGGAGAAGCAGGCGAAGGACGCGGCGGCCGUGGCCGCGGGCGCGGGGGACCAGGACGACGGCACGGCGCCGGCGCCGCCGCUGGACGGCAUCCAGUACUGCAGCGAGCACCCCUACCGGCCCGCGACCGCCGCCGCGGCGGCGGCGGUCGCUGGCGGGGGGAUAUGCGCCUUCUGCCUGCAGGAGAAGCUCGGCCGCCUGGUGUCCUCCUCCAAGUCCAGCCCUUUCUUCGCGCUCGGCGGCCACCCGCCGCCGUCGGGGUCCCCGUCGUCGCCGCCGUCGUUCCGCCGCGCCACCGAGCCCCUGGCGCCGCCGCUCCACCCGUCCGGCGGCGCCUCGCGCAAGUUCAUGUCGUUCCACCGGAAGAAGACGCCCUCGUCGUCGUCGUCCUCCGCCGCCGUCUCCGUGGGGGGAGGCGGGCUGAAGCGGAGCAAGUCGGUGGCGCCGAGGCCCGAGCUGGAACAGUUCCCCUACUCGUCGGCGUCGUCGGCGUCGCUGGCGGCCGAGAGCCCGCGCAAGAAGAGCUUCUGGUCCUUCCUCUCCCUCACCUCCUCCGCCUACGCGCACCAGGCCGCCGCCUCCACGCCGUACGCCACCAAUGCGGGUGCCGCCGCCGCCGCGCGGAGGAAGUCGGUGUCCGUGGCGUCGGCGGCGUGGGCGUCCAGGGCCGGCGCCGGCGCGCAGGACCAGCAGCCGCGAGGCGGGACCGGGACCGGGACGGCGUCCACGCUGGAGGCCAUCGGCGAGCCCGAGAGCCCCAGCCAGAGCCAGGUGUCGUCGUCUUCCUCCUUCGGGCGCAAGGUGGCGCGGUCGCGCUCCGUGGGCUGCGGCAGCCGCAGCUUCUCCGGGGACUUCCUGGAGCGCCUCUCCAACGGCUUCGGCGACUGCACGCUCCGGCGCGUCGAGUCCCACCGCGAGCCCAAGCCCCACAAGAUGCACGGCGGCGGAGGCCUGCACCACCUCGGCGGCGCUGGCGCAAACGACGACGAUGGCGAGGAGGACGACGUGUACGAGCACCAGCACCGGAUCAAGUGCGCGGGCUUCUUCGGCGCCCUGGGUCCCGCGUCGUCCUCCUACUGGCUCUCCGCAGCGGAGUGCGCGAGCGUCAGCAGCGGCAGCAAGAGGUCGUCCGGGCGGAGCCACCGGAGCUGGGCGUGGGCGCUGGCGAGCCCCAUGAGGGCGCUGCGGCCGACGACGACCUCCACCUCCACCAAGACCAUCACCGUGGUGCCGGCCAGCCACGUGACCGUCCACGGCAACUCCUCGGCGUCGGCAUUGUCCAUACCAUCCCCGGCGCCACCACCGUCGUCGUCGUCAGAGGCAAAAGCAGCGGCAGCUCCAGUGGCGGUGAGUUGA